AUGGGUGAAAGCUGGUUUCGCAGGGAAUUCCUCACCCCAAGAAGGCUUGCCUUCAACGUGAUUUUUUAUGGCCUUCAUUUCUUCUUUUUCGGAUAUGGAUGGCAUAGUCAAGCAACCAACACCAGGCUCGCUGCCUUGAAUGCUCUGACGUGGUCUGUUUGGACUUCCCGUGGAGCAGGGCUUGUUCUUGCCUUUGACGGUGGCCUUAUUCUCAUCCCUAUGCUUCGAAAUGUCAUUCGUGUAGUCCGGCCUAAGGUUCAGUGGUUGUUCCCCGCCGAUGAGAAUAUCUGGUUCCAUCGUCAGGUUGCUUACUCGAUGGCUUUCUGGUCCAUGGUCCAUACUACGGCACAUUAUGUCAAUUUCUUCAAUGUAGAGCGCACACAGGUCCGCAAAGAGAUUGCUCUGGAUAUCCACUACACUCAAGCCGGAGGAAUCAGUGGUCAUUUCAUGCUCUUGAUCAUGGUUCUGAUGUAUGGUACCGCUCACAGCAAGAUUCGUCAGCAGUGUUUCGAGGCUUUCUGGUACACCCAUCACCUUGCGUUCUUCUUCAUGAUUGGUAUUUACAGCCAUGCCACUGGGUGUUUCGUCCGUGACUCCACUAACCCGGACUAUAUUACCACAUUCCCCUUCUACUCAACUCAGCACUGUCUUGGCUAUGAGAGCUGGAGAUUCAUUAUCUGGCCUGGCAUCCUGUACUUUGGUGAACGAGUGUACCGAGAGAUCCGUGCUCGUAAAGCCACUCGUCUGUCCAAGGUUCUCGUGCAUCCCAGCGGAGCCAUGGAGUUGCGCAUUGUCAAACCCAGUUUCAAAUAUGUGGCAGGUCAAUGGCUGUUUAUUCAAGUGCCAGAGAUCUCGAAGUUUCAAUGGCACCCGUUCACCAUCACAUCUGCUCCGGAGGACCCAUACGUAUCAGUCCAUAUUCGUCAAGUCGGUGAUUUCACCCGUGCUCUUGGCGACCGUCUUGGUGCUGGCCCCUCUGUUGUAGCUGCCAUGACCCAGGCUGCAAUGAAGGGUGCCGAAAAGGAUGAAAAGACCGGAAUGACUCGUGGCGAUUUCGUCGAACUCGAUUCCAGUAAUCUUUCACUGCCAUCUGUUCGGAUUGAUGGACCUUAUGGUGCCCCUGCUGAAGACGUUUUCAACGUCGAAGUUGCUGUAUUGAUUGGUGCUGGUAUCGGUGUCACCCCCUUUGCAUCUAUCCUGAAACACAUCUGGUAUCGUCAAAAGAGAGGCAACUUGGGUACCCUUCGCCGUGUCGAGUUUUUCUGGGUUUGUCGUGAUGCACCUUCGUUCGGCUGGUUCCAAAGUCUCCUUCAAGAGGUCGAGGCUGCCCAAGCUGAUCCUAAUUUCCUGAGAAUCAAUAUUUAUCUCACUCAGAAAAUUGGAGAAGACAUGCUUUGGAACAUCGCUGUAAAUGACGCAGGAGCACAGUAUGAUCCCCUCACUCUUCUGCGGACCCGUACAAUGUUCGGACGGCCUGAUUGGAUGACUAUCUAUGGUCAAAUGAGACAGGCUGUCGAAUCGGGCCAAUAUAUUGCUGGCAGUAAAUCGCAGUUGAAGACCAAAGUUGGGACAUACUUCUGUGGUCCUAGUGUUCUUGCCAAAGCUAUCAAAGAAGCAACGGUCCAUCACACCAAUUCCAACGUCGAGUUUUCCUUUGCCAAGGAACACUUCUAG